AAAGUUGUGUACAACCGGUUGAGUAAAGUGGAAUUGGUUAAUUUUUCUACAACAUUGGUACAAAUUAUUCCAACCUAAGACUAAAAACUAAUCAACGGAGUUGUAUAAAUUGAUCUUUACCCAACGUUGUAAAUUUUGUAGUCAUUACUUGUGAAAAAUCGGUUUUCUACAUGUAUGACUAAUUUUUACUCAAUUAUUGGUUAGUUUUUUUUACAAAUAAUUGCAACAAAUAAACCAACGUAAAAGUUGAAAAACUCGCUACAAUAAAGAAUAAAUUUUAUACAUAAGUUGAGGAAAUUUUACUCAACACUUGUAUCAAAAUUAACAAACCAGUUGUGUGGUCUUGGAUGACGCUUCCCGCGAGCACAAAAAUUCUUCAGUUCUUCUUGCCACCUCGCCGCUCUAGUUAGGUGGAGAUUUUUGUUCCUGCAAAUUAGUUAAAAAUUUCUAGAAAUGACGAAAUUUUUGGAAUCAAUUCUCCAGACAGUUGGACUGGAAGUAUUAUUGGAAACUUUUAAAGAUAAUGAUUUUGACGACGAACUUCUUCGUCAAAUUCCCGACUGCCCUGCUGGUUCACUUGAGGAACAUCUGUUUGCCACGCUGGUCCCGUCAAUAGGAAACAGACUAAAAAUAAUUGGUGCAAUUAGGAAGCGAACCAAUUCGAAAUCUGUGACGUCCAGCGUGCAACAGAUUUCCGACGGUGACCAGUCAAGCCAGGAGGAUAAUAUUGUUCAGUACUUAGUGGUAACUCCGCCCACCGCUACGCCACCUCGCCAAGAGGAAAACAUAUUUGUGGAUGAAUUACAAAAUAUUCCGGUUUCUCCAGAUUGCAACGUCGCGGAUCCCUUAUUUGACGUUAAGCGGAUUAUUCUUACAUCUGACGCUGAUAAAGGAACAACCAAAGGAAGGAAACUUUUAGAUGAUUGCGUUGAAACAAAUGUGAUCAACUUUGCCCUUAAAAAUCUGAUAAAACGACGGACCGUGAAUCAUCUUGUUAAGCAAUACUCAUAUUACCCGCCUAAGUACGUGAAAGAAAAUUUGGCCCAAUGCAUUGCAGUUCAAUUGUUUCCUUCGCUCCCAGACUCUCAAAAAUUGGAUAUAAUUAAUUUAUUCUACAGUGAGUCGAAGUUAUCAAACUCCAAGAGAGAAGGCUCAGAUGGAAUUAUUUACAGAAGAAUUCCAGCAUCCGGUUUGAUUGAGGACAGAUUGAAAUAUAUUCGUCGAAAGAAUGAAGUGAAGUGUCGAGUCCAACCGCCUAAUGUGGAAUCGUGCCAAGUUUUGGAUCCAACUGUAGACGAAGAGGAGAAAAAGUCUUGGCUUCUCAACUCUACCGUCCCCAUAUCUCAGGUCACUAAAUACAUGUCUGAGACCUACUGCUUGAGAACAUCCCAAUUCAGGAACACGAAUAAUUUAGCGGAAAUGUUGGACCAAUGGCCAAGGCUUCUCGACACUCCAGGAAUGAUUGAGCUGGACUUCAAGACUUUAUUUCCUGGCAAAUGUGAUAAGAUGCUUCUGAAGUGGGCAGCAGUUUCAGUACAAAUCUGCAGUUACGCCGAGAAAAUCAAAACCAACUUGGACGAAAUCGGCAUAAAAAAACCUUUGUCGAAUUGGUCUAAAGAUGACAAGACGGUUGGGGCGCUUGUGUUAUUGCCAUAUUUGACUGCUAGCUCAGCCUAUUCAAAGAAAUCCAAAAAGAGGAAGAAAAUAACAUCGGGAGAGUCAGCUGAAUUUUUCAUACAAGUUGUACCGGUAACACAUGACAUUGAAAAUUUUAGGACAAUUGAGUCAAGACGAAAACAACCCUUUGUUCUGUGUGUCGGAGAAUUGGGAUCCCUUAUAAUACAUGACUCCUACGUUAUGGUGGAGAGGAAACUUGUGAAAGCGUCGUCGCUAAUUAAUGCUGUGGAUAUCUGUUUCAAAAUGUUUCAUGUGCUUCAACUUCAAUUCCCUGAUGAAUGUUACCCAGUCUGGUGCUUCUUCGAUCACUCGAUUUAUCAAACUAAAGAAAUUCGUUCACCCCCCUCGGCAGUUCUUUCACUUGGAUCUCAAAUAACUAUAGAUUAAGUUUAUUAAUAUGCAACUACCUGACUUAUAAAUUAAGUACUAAUCAUGUUCUAGUUGUUAAACUUGGUACAAAAUAAUUAUGUAAUAAUUUUAAAAUAUGACUUAUAUGAAUAAAAACAAUACUUUUUAUUAAAGGUAAAC